AAAGAGGAGGGGUGGAGGAAGGCUGUGACUAAAGCAUGUCACUCUGAGAGGACUAAGCAUUGUGUGGAUCUCACUUGAUAUUUUUACCAGGCAGCAUUGCGGACAGGACACAGUAAAAGUGCUCACAGGAAGAGUGCUAGGUAGAGAGCUCGGAAAGACACACAGGAGUACAGACAUUCCAAAGGGCAUAGAACAACUCUUUCAGCUCUACUAGUUUAGUAAAGAGCGACAAAAGGAAAGAGAGAUGUCAAGUGCAAUCUUGAGACGAAACUCCAGCAAGCAAGGCUUGCAGAACCUCCUCAGAGUGACAGCUCAGCGAAGCAUUGAAGAUGCUGAAGAAAUUGAGAGGGAGCGACGACGCCGGGCCCGAGAGGCUCUCAGAAAGGAUCACAGUAUCACUGGAUCUGCUGGUGCUCCUCAAGAAACCUCUGGACCAACUGAGGAGUGUCUCUUGGAAAGUGAACUGAAACCAAGCAGCUCUGGUGCACUGGAAGAGGAUGAAGGUUUCAGUGACUGGACACAGAGAUUGGAAAGGGGCAGACAGGUCAGGCAGGAUGAAAAUGACCGUAAAGAGGAGAACUUGAAGGUGAAAAGAACCAUGAAUGGAGGAGGCAGAAAGGGAGAGAUGAGCUCCAAUGUGUUAAAACGACAGCAUAAUUUACAAGCUGAAGUAGAAGAAGUGUUGGACUACAUGCCAGGGAGGAAGACCAGUGAGAAGUGCGUGUUGUUUGGAGACAAGACAAGUAGCCUUACAGCCAAAGAGACACCAGAAUGGAAGGAAGAUAUAAUCAGAGUUAACAAGAGACAAGUCGAGGAGACAAAACCACACAUGGAGGAGAAGGUAAAAGAAGUGAGAAAAGAGGUGAAGGUCUCUUAUACAUCUAAAGUUUUCUUACAGCAAGAUAGAACACCCACCACCAACAAUGACGAUCCUGAUGAAGAGGAAGUGACAUCACAUCUCAAAACUAGAAAGACUACAAGCAGGGUCAUAGAUCAUGGCUCAGAGAUGAGGGAACAGGCAGGGGCCAGUCUGGAGACCGAGCAAAAGUUGGAGAAGAUCCGGCGGAGCCACCAGGAAAAGGAAAGCCAGGAGCUGGAGCAGCUUCGCCAACGGCAGGCUGAGGCUGAGGUAGAGUUGGAGAACCUUAAGAAGCGGAGAGAAGAACGCAGAAGAUUGCGUGAGGAAGAGGAGCGCAGGAAAGAAGAAGAGGAGCAGCAGCGUCUGGUUAAGGAGGAGGAGGAGAAGAGACAGAUGAAGGAGGAUAUAGAAAGGAGAAGGAUGGAGGCAGCUGAAAAGAGGAUGAGGAGCUUGAAUAUGUCUUCCCCAGAUUUAGAUGAGUCUUUCAACUCUCUCUGUCCAAAAAGUCCCACUUUCAAGAGAGAGCAUGAGGAGAGAUUGACAGCUGAAAGUACAUGCUUGAUCAUUGACAGAACAGAGUCCUUGAAUCGGUCCUUGAAGAAAAGCAACAGCUUUAAGAAGACUCAGCCACCGAUACUCUUGACUAAGAUUGAUGACAAACUGGAGCAGUAUACUCAUGCUGUGGAGAGCUCGGCAAAAGAACCAAAGGGCCCCAAGUCAGCUGUAGCGGACAUGCCCAGUGUUCCUGAACCAGUAGUUGCAAAAAAGAACCUGUUUGAGGCAGGAGAGGCCUGGAACCAGGGCACCCACAAAGGAACCCCAUCAAAGGACACUGAUGGACUGAAAGUGGGUGUGGCUGAUCUGAUCACUCAGUGGGUAAAAGGAAGCCCAGAGGGUGGCAACAGAUAUGCACAGCCCAAACCAUGUGAUGUUAAAGCAGGAGAUGUGCUUCAGAAGAAGAACAUGUGGGAGAUCAUAGGGGAAGGUUCACAAACCUGCCGGUCAGGACAAGCGGGGAAGUGCACCUCUUCCAGCAAACGCUACAAGUUUGUUGUGACCGGCCAUGGCAAAUAUGAGAAGAUUCCCAUUGAUGAUGACGAUUACAGUGAUUAUCCCAGUGAAAAAUCAAGCUUUGCCAUACAAAGCAGCAGAUAAAAUAAGAGUGAACAGUGAAGAGAAGAGAAGAGAAGAGAAGAGAAGAGAAGAGAAGAGAAGAGAAGGAGAAAAUUAAAAAAAAGCACCAUUUUGAAUACACUAAAUGUAAAACACAAUCACCAGCCUCUUUAUUAGGAACAUCUGUACAUUUGCUCAUUCCUGCUAUCAUCCAAUUUGCCAUUUAUGUGCCAGCACUUUAUUGCACUGCAACUAAAAUUGCACUAAAAGUCAAUUGCUAAAUGUACUGUUCACACCAAACAUCAGAAUGAGGCGGAGUGGUUUGAGUAUUUCAUAAAAUGCUGAUUGCCUUUUCUCUAGAGUUUAGACUCUCCAGUAAAAAGCAGAAAUGACUUUCUGGUGAGAUACAUCAGAACAGAGCAGAAAGCAUUUUAUAAAACACUUUGAAAAUUAAGGAUGAUGGUAUACAACAGCAGACCAUAUCUCAGGUCCACUGAUGUCAGGCAAGAACUGGAAUCUGGAUAACUGCAUGACAGAGCAGGUAUAAAGGUGUUCCUAAUACAGUGGGCAUUGAGUGUAGUGUAUGUUUAAGCUACAGGUGAAUGUUUCAGAGAUAAAUUGAUGAAUUAUGAUGCCCAUAAUUCAGAUUUACACUCUUCACAAAACUUCCUUUAAAUUUUGAUUACUUUGUGAGUAGAUUGUGCGAAUAUCUCAUGUCAUUCAGCCAUUUCAGAAUGACACUGGACACAACUUAUAAAAUGAAGAAGCUCAGAAGAUUCAAUAUUUUUUUUUUACCACAUCUUGAAUCUCUCUGUUAGAAUAAUAUGAUUUGAGUAAGGAAAAGCAAUAUGCUUUUUUUCCAUAAUUCCUAUUUGUAAUUCAUACAA